AGAGCAGCAUAUUCUCACGUCAUAUGAAAGCUCUGCUUUGUGUGUGACUACGCAGACAUUCCUGUUGCAUUGAUAUCCAGUAGAAUGCAACUGCACACAGAAGAAUCUUUUUAUAGAACCAUGGAAUUUUUCCAUUCAAGUGGACAAAGUGGACAUAACCUUGGCUAGGUAGAGAUAAUGAUGGAAUCAAAUAAACCCAGGGGUGGACAGUAACUAAGUACAUUUACUUGAUUACUGUACUUAAGUAUAAAUUCUGAGUAUCUGUACUUUAAUUGAGUAUUAAUAUAUUUGAAAACUUAUGACUUUUACUCCACUACAUUUGAAAGACAAAUACUGUACCUUUUGUCUCCACUACAUUUGAAAUAUGAAUAUGAAGUACUCAUAUCUUUUAAGCACAUUUUUUCAGUGAUUCUUUAAAUGCAAUAAUGCAAUAAGUUCAUUUUUUCAAUAGUUAAAUUUCAACUUGGCGAUGGUAAUAAUGCUGACGGCAGAUUCUUCAUCUGAACUUCCCUCAUGUAGCCUGGGAGAACCCAGACGAACCUGUUAGCAUUUGAGAUUUGAGAAGUGGUCUGGUGUUAACCAGGCUAUCCUCCAUGGCCACUGUGAAGUUGGAAUGAAAUUAGACCUGACAUCCACCACAUACAGUAGCUAGAUCUUUAGCCUACAUCAUUAAAUGAUAAAUAAGCUAGUCAUAAUUAGGUUAUCUGGUUUUCUAUUUAGAGGUGAAGAUGUUUUAGAUUUGGAACAGAGAAUGAAUAAUGAUGAAUAAUCACACUUGUAAGCUGUUUCUCUGUGUGUGUGUGUGUGUGUGAGUGAGUGAAGUUUCUAAAAAUGGAUAAGCUUGUCUGAGGACAGAAAUGGAAAACCGUGGGAGUUUGGGAGAGAGCCCGCACAUGGUCACAGCAGUGUCUGCUGUCCAAUGCAAAGCAUGUGUAGGUACAUGGGCGUUUUCACACCGGUGUCCAAAGCACAGCUUGUGAGGUACAUGGAGUUAUCACAGGGAGCCAAGGCCUCGGAGGCGAAUAUAAGGAAGGCCCCAGGGAUGUCUGCUGUGUGAAGGUCACUCAUCUGGACAACAUGAACACUCUCCCUGCCAUCCUCCUGCUGGCCUUCGGCCUCUGCUUUGCUCAGGCCAUGGACUACAUGUCUCUGACGCAGUUCAGGGACAUGAUCAUCUGUGCGAACCCCGAUAGCUGGCCUAUUCUGGACUAUGCUGACUAUGGCUGCUACUGCGGCAAGGGCGGCUCUGGCACACCUGUGGACGACCUAGACAGAUGCUGUGAGGUGCACGACCGUUGCUACAACGAUGCCAUGCAGCAUCCUAAGUGCUGGCCCAUCUUCGACAACCCCUACACCGAGAUCUAUGCCUAUACCUGUGAUAAGGCCAGCAAGACUAUCACCUGCCCAGCCAACAAGAACGAUGAGUGUGAGCAGUUCAUCUGUGAGUGCGACAGGAAGGCCGCCGAGUGUUUCGCCGCUUCUGGUUACAAUCCAGAGAACGCGCACCUUCCUAGUGAUCAAUGCAAAUAGGCCGGGCUGGAAGCAUAAUGUGGAUCAACUUCUGCUGAAGCCAUCUGGACUACACCAGCACACCUGGAACCUCUGGGCCAUUGAGACCAAAGAUUCUAGAACAGAGCUUGCUAGGGGACAAACAAGCCGAGCUUAAAAACUCACUUCAUACCAAUAUUAAGUCUUUAUUGCAAUACAUCCUUACUAUCUGCAUGCCGUCCAAAGGGCUGCACAGUCUGUAUACUGUUUGGCUGUUUUUAUUAUGGCAGCCGUGGUCAACAUGGUCACUGACAGUACAUGAAUCUGAUUCAAAAAGAUAAGAUUAAAGAUUAAACUUCAACAGA